GCCGCCGCCGCGCCUCCUCGCCGCGACCCCGGCCGCCGGCUCGCGCCCCCAACCCGGCGUCGCCCGCGGCCCCGCCGCCCCUCCCCCGCCCGCCCCCGCCCACCCCAGCCCUCCCCGGCUGCUGCUCCCCGGCGGAGGCAAGAGGUGGUUGGGGGGGACCAUGGCUGACGUUUUCCCGGCCAACGACUCCACGGCGUCUCAGGACGUGGCCAACCGGUUCGCCCGCAAAGGGGCGCUGAGACAGAAGAACGUGCACGAGGUGAAGGACCACAAAUUCAUCGCCCGCUUCUUCAAGCAGCCCACCUUCUGCAGCCACUGUACCGACUUCAUCUGGGGGUUUGGGAAACAAGGCUUCCAGUGCCAAGUUUGCUGUUUUGUGGUCCACAAGAGGUGCCAUGAAUUUGUUACUUUUUCUUGUCCGGGUGCGGAUAAGGGGCCAGAUACUGAUGAUCCCAGGAGCAAGCACAAGUUUAAAAUCCACACGUAUGGAAGCCCCACCUUCUGUGAUCACUGCGGGUCGUUGCUGUAUGGACUCAUCCACCAAGGGAUGAAAUGUGACACCUGUGAUAUGAAUGUUCACAAGCAGUGUGUAAUCAACGUCCCCAGCCUCUGUGGGAUGGAUCACACGGAGAAGAGAGGGCGCAUUUACCUGAAGGCCGUAGUUGCUGACGAGAAGCUCCACGUCACAGUACGAGAUGCAAAAAAUUUAAUCCCCAUGGAUCCAAAUGGGCUUUCAGACCCUUAUGUGAAGCUGAAACUUAUUCCUGAUCCUAAGAAUGAAAGCAAACAAAAAACCAAAACCAUCCGCUCGACAUUAAACCCCCAGUGGAAUGAGUCUUUUACAUUUAAAUUAAAACCUUCAGACAAAGACCGGCGACUAUCCGUAGAAAUCUGGGACUGGGAUCGAACAACACGAAACGACUUCAUGGGGUCCCUGUCCUUCGGGGUUUCGGAGCUGAUGAAGAUGCCGGCCAGUGGAUGGUACAAGUUGCUGAACCAGGAAGAAGGUGAGUACUACAAUGUACCCAUUCCAGAAGGGGAUGAAGAAGGAAACAUGGAGCUCAGGCAGAAAUUUGAGAAAGCGAAGCUUGGCCCUGCUGGUAACAAAGUAAUCAGCCCUUCGGAAGACAGGAAACCUUCCAACAACCUUGACAGGGUGAAACUCACCGACUUCAAUUUCCUCAUGGUCCUGGGGAAGGGGAGUUUCGGAAAGGUGAUGCUUGCUGACAGGAAGGGCACAGAAGAACUGUACGCAAUCAAAAUCCUGAAAAAGGACGUGGUGAUUCAGGACGAUGAUGUGGAGUGCACCAUGGUGGAAAAGAGGGUCUUGGCUCUGCUUGACAAGCCCCCCUUCCUGACACAGCUGCACUCCUGCUUCCAGACGGUGGAUCGGCUGUACUUCGUCAUGGAAUACGUCAACGGCGGGGACCUCAUGUACCACAUUCAGCAAGUAGGAAAAUUUAAGGAACCACAAGCAGUAUUCUAUGCAGCAGAGAUUUCCAUUGGAUUGUUCUUUCUGCAUAAAAGAGGAAUCAUAUAUAGGGACCUGAAAUUAGACAAUGUCAUGCUGGAUUCAGAAGGACAUAUCAAAAUUGCUGAUUUUGGGAUGUGCAAGGAGCACAUGAUGGAUGGAGUCACUACCAGAACCUUCUGUGGAACUCCAGAUUACAUCGCCCCGGAGAUAAUUGCUUAUCAGCCAUAUGGAAAAUCCGUGGACUGGUGGGCAUAUGGCGUCCUGUUAUAUGAAAUGCUGGCUGGGCAGCCUCCAUUUGACGGUGAAGAUGAAGACGAACUCUUCCAGUCGAUAAUGGAGCACAACGUUUCCUAUCCAAAGUCCUUGUCGAAGGAGGCCGUUUCCAUCUGCAAAGGACUGAUGACCAAACACCCAGCCAAGCGGCUGGGCUGUGGGCUGGAGGGAGAGAGGGACGUGAGAGAACACGCCUUCUUCCGGAGAAUCGACUGGGAAAAACUAGAGAACAGGGAGAUCCAGCCUCCCUUCAAGCCCAAAGUGUGUGGCAAAGGAGCAGAAAACUUUGACAAGUUCUUCACGCGAGGGCAGCCUGUCUUAACGCCGCCUGAUCAGCUGGUCAUUGCUAACAUAGACCAGUCUGAUUUCGAAGGGUUCUCGUAUGUCAACCCCCAGUUUUUGCACCCCAUCUUGCAGAGCUCAGUAUGAGAGUCACCAGUGAACAAAGGCCUCCCCAGUCCCCAGCCCUACCAGUGUGGGAAAUGAUCCUUAACCCUAAAAUUUUAAGGCCACAGCCCUGUUUCUUGUUCCAGAGAGAGGCCUAAAAAUUGUAGGGUUAUUCAUCCAAAUGCAGUCAACUGUUCAGGGUCUCUCUCUUACAACCACGAAGCAUUCUCUUAGUGGAAGAUGACGUAGUGUCCAGUGUAAUUAUGUAGAAGUCAUGUCUGGCUGUAGGCUAACCCUUCCUAGAAAGCAAACAGAUUAUUGCCCUUUUUUUGGUACGAUUUGAUACAUUUUCCAUACACUCCGUCUGUCAGUUGUCAUCAUUGGGAUCCUCCACCGCAUUAAAAGUGAACCUGCCCCAGUCCAGUGGGCUAGAAACAUCUCUACCUGGAAUGAAAAAAAAAAAAAACAGGGGACCUAGAGAGUGAGCAAGGAGGGAUUGGGGAUAGGGGAGGCUUCGAAAGACCCUCUGCUUCUGUUCUCUGCCUCCAGGGAAACAAGCUCUAGAAUCCAAGAAAGGGGGACGAAGCUAGUUCCACUGGUGGGUCAGUUGCACACUCACUUUUCCCCAACAUUAAAACUUUGUAACCCAACCAUAGUCCAGCAGCAACCAGUUUUUUAAAAAGGAAAGGAAGGAGAUCUUCAGUGCACCUGUCAUCCUGUGCCCUGCUGGGUUGAUAAUUAGCUUGAUACUUGCAUUUAUUUUUAAGAGGCCAAAUCUUCUAAGGACUUUGCUACAUGAGCAUGUGAAACCAUUUCAGAUCAAGGAUUAACCAGUGCGUGUGUGUGUGUGUUCAUUUUAAUCUCUAGGAGAUUUUUCUGCAACCCAGGGUGCCAUCUGCAAACAUGCCAACCCCACCCACCCCAAUAUUUUACUACCUACUUUGUUACCCUUCAGGGGACGCUCCAGUGUUCACCCCACCCCCUUUUGUACUUAUUUAUUUAAUAGGCUGCAAUGUCAUUCAUGAGAGUGCGAUGUACAGUAACUUAACCCAAGUGCUGGCCAGUGUCAGCCCCCCCCCGAUUGAUGUUCCCCCUUCUCCAGCCCUUGGCGUCCACUUAGGGAUGACAAACCUUCCAGUUUUGCAUCCCAUUUCCAGUUCAUGUGGAAUGACACCCCUAGAGAAUCAGGAAAUCUGGCUGUAUAUCAGCUCAACAAUGUUUUAUUGCUAGAAGGAUUUUAGUAUGUUUCGCAAAUGCAUCAUGCAAUGAAUUUUGCAUGUUUAUAAUAAACCUUAAUAACAAGUGAAUCUAUAUUAUUGAUAUAAUUGUAUCAGGUAUAAAGAGAGUAUUAUAACAAUUUUAUAAGAUGCAAUUGUGCUAUAUUUGUGAAGGUUCUUAUUUCUAAUCUGCUGUUAUGAUUAAGUUUUAGGUUAAUUCUUUGCUGCUGUGCUUCCUCCCCUGCCCCACCCCAGGGGCACCCUGCUCAUUGGCACUGUAUCAGAUAUAAUAAUUUUUUAAUGUAGAUCUAAUUUCAAAAAUGUCUACUUUACUUGAUUUGAUUAGGCUUUUACUGUGUGUGUGUGUAUAUAUAUAUAUAUAUAUAUAUAUAUAUAUAUAUAUAUAUAUAUAUAUGACUCUACCUGCAAACAAAAGUUUUGUUUGGGGGGAUUAAUUUUGACACAAGACUCCCAGCUUCUUAAUGCCAUCUUCUGUUCUGAUGCCCAUGCCACUCUUCUUCUUGAGGAUAACAGGGGGCUUUGAAUUCCAGUAACCCCAGUUUGUGUGCGUAGAUGUGGUGUUGUCACAGCCCCUGGGCUGCACUUUGACUUGGUUUGAUUUGGUUCUUCCUCUCAGCCUCGUUCCUGUUAGUGGCUCUGGGCAUGGGAGGGUCGGGCAAGCUGCCUUCUUGCUACAUCUUCAAGAAAAGCCCAGAAGCAAGCAUCUGUCCCGCUGUGCCUGGCGCUGGCCUGGACCGUGCCCUCAUGAGCUCACCUGGUCAGCCAAGCCCGGGUUCAGCUCCGAGCACAGGCAAACCCUUUGUGGAGGAGGCAGGUUUUCUUCCCACUGUUGCCAGAACUGACCUUUCCGGUUCUUGUAUGGACACUUCCUUGGUGAGGCGCCAUCCGAGUGCAAGAUCCCUGGAGGAACCAGGCUUCUUACAACAUAAAAGAAAGGCUCCCGCUCCUUCGAGGGGUCUGCCCUGUCUCCUCCUGCUCCCCAAGAACUUCUAGUUAAGCCUCCCCCUAUGCUUAUCCACUCUUUGGCUGUUUACCUGAAAUCAACACGCACAACAACUGAGGGGUCUUUGAGGAGGGAGCUGAGGCUGUCCUGGAAGCCCUCGGUGGAAGGAAGAGAUGGAGAGGAAAGGGUCAGAUCAGGAACGAGCAAGCCCUCCUUCCAUCUUCAUGGACCCUCGACUUCCAGGCUCCAUCCUUGCAGUCCUGCUGCUCAGUGCACGUUUGGGGAGCAACUCCUCACCAUUUGGUCGGAUGGAAAAGGGACCAAUUUAUAAAAAGAGACAAGGAAACAAAAGGGCCAGUAGUCCUACCCCAAGGUGGCCCCUGCCCCCCAGGAGAGGAGGAAAGGCCCAGCUAGCAGCCCCUGGCAUCCUGGGCCUUUUGUUCCAGGCCCCCAAACUCGGCUUGUUUCAUGCAAGUGGCAGGCGCAGGCUUUCCCUCAAACAGCCAGCGCAUGUCCAAAUUAUUCAUAUUUCUUCAGGAAACAUAUUCAACAUCUCACUGGCUUGAACUCUGUUCAAUUUGUGGCAAAGUUUUAAAAGAAAAUACACUGAUGAUGGGUCCCAGCAUGUGGCCUCGGUGACAGCAGACUGGAGAACAUACUCGGGGGGAAACAGUGCAAAUCCAGGGUAGGGGGCACGAUAGCACACAGUGUCCUGUUGCGUUCGUUGCUGAGUCCUGAAUUUAGAUAAAGGCUAACACUUUAAAGAUCUGAGCAGGGGCCCACGAUGGUAAUUGUUAAAAGAAAAAAUCAAGUGGGUAGCCAUUAGCAAAUGUUAUCCAUAGACUCCGUUCGUAUAAUUCUAUGGAAUUCUAUGGAAGUGUCCCAUUUCAUGUGAAUUGUGUGAUGUGAAACCUGAGGGGAAGGCUGCUGUUUCAACUGCAACAACCGUUUUAGAGGCAGGGUCCCUGAAGGGCAAAGCCACUGGGGGACCCUUUAGUAAGUAACUGCCCCUGAGCCACUGCCAGGGCCUGGGGAGUCACCUCCAGGCUGCCCGGUGGAAUCUGGCACAAUCGGAGUCUCCAGCCCCCCAGGACCCAUUGGGCUAUGACCCCAAAAGAUCAUUCAUGUUGCUUUGCAUUAUUUUCCCUUGGAAGGCAGCCACCGCUGGUGGCGGAACCUUCCCUUGGAAGCUGCAGGCCGGCAGGCUUGGGACCCUUCUCUUGGCAUCUCUUCUAAGUCACUAGGUGCUUGGUUCAAAUGAAAAUAUCAGGCAUCUGCUGCCAGGCGCAGCCCUUGCAGGUGAAUGGGAGGCUCACUUCAAGGCAAGAACCGAUUCAAACGGUAGACACUAGAACCCAGGAACCGAAAUGAUUGCUCUUCACCAUAUUUUCUUCUCUUCGAUCCCACGGCCUGGCCCAGGUUCAUGCAGAAUCAUCGUCUCCCUCCUUUUAUCAGCUGCAUUAAGCUUUCUUAUUACAAAUUUUGGUAGAAAAUCUGGAGAUCAUGAGCUGUCUGGAAAUUUGACCGGAUAUGGUUGGUUGAAAGAUUACGAACCACCAAGAUGAAUGCAGUUCGGCAAACUUUGUUGAGCCCCUUGCCGAGCCAAAGUCCUUAGCAGAGUGGGGUGACUUGCUGGAAUGAGGGGCAGGGGCUCCAAGAGCCCCUCCCCCCACUGACAUUCAGAGAAGGGAGAGGUCGGUGCAGGCUGAGCGCAGCAAGGGAGACAGGGCUUGAGUGCACCCAUGGGCACUGGCAGCAGCGGGGAGCCAGGAGGCAGAGGGCGCGUUGGGAAGGAAGCUCCUGCCAUGUCCAGUGGCUUUCCAUCAGAGGUUGUUGGUUCCAAAGAAAGUCACCGUCUGAUGGUCCUUGAGAGCAUGUUUGUGGCCAGAGACACAGUCCCUUCCUCCCCCCAAAACUUGCCCCAAAUGCCGACAUCAUCCUCAUCAGAUCCCCCUCUUUCUUGGGAUGUCUCUCUCAAUUCCCUGGACACAGCCAAACCAGCCAGUGCACCCUGGAAGCCAGCAGGACCCCAUCUAUUUUCCUCCCUGGUGUCUGUGGCUUUCUGCUGAGGAUUACAGAAGCUGAGACGGAUGCAGAAGACACAGAAACAACUAACACUGCAGUUCCUGCUCGAUUGAGCUUAGCAGAAGUGAGAGUCUGUGUUUUCAAAGGCCUCAGAAAGGCAACACCAUCUGACAAAGUGGUUUUCUCACUUCGGUCUUCACCUGUCUUGAGUGUACAGAUCACACCGUUUCCUUUUCCUUCUAACCCCCGGGCCCACCACACGUCACCUGUGGGCGUGAAGUGGCGUGACCAGAAAGAGGAAGCUGGGACAGGGCCCCGGCUACACCGCCGGCGGCAGCAGGGGAAGGCGGGUCCGGUGGUGGGUAGACACUGCUGCCAUCCAUCUGUGACCGACGGAAAGGACCUCUGGUUUCUCAGUGGCUGCACUCUAACUUGACAAGGAGUGUUGGGAAACAUUUUUCAAAAUCCUUUUUCUUGAGGUGCUUGGGCUGCAUUUUAUGGUUUAUACCAGACUGUAAACACGUUUGUCAUUUCCCGUUCGGGCUGAUAUGCCAAACCUAGGAAAUGUUAUAUGUUGCUGCCGUUAGAAGAUGCAGAAAAAUAGGAAGGGUGACCUGGAAAUUAUUUCAACCACAAUUCUGUUAAAUCCAUGUCAGGGACUCUCUGGGAGGGCGGAACGGCUGAGACCCCCCUGCCUCUGAUCCAUGAAAGCAGGAAGCAGGUGUCAGUCAGGGUUGGUGUAGGUCCAGCUCGGUAAUCAAACAGCCUUACGAUGACCCUACACUAAAGCCCCACACGUUCCAAAGACUUUUUUUUAAUCUUAAAGAGGAAAUUAAUUUGUUAUUUCAAAUAGAACAACAGAAGAUACUGGGCUCUUUGUACUUUUUUAUAGAGAACUUUAAUAAUUCAAUUCCUCUUUUAAAACGAGUUUUUAAAAUAAAGUUACUGGCAAUUUCAUAAGAUUCCAAUCACAUGGAGCCUGUCGGAGGUGUCAGCUGGGGCCAGCUAGAGUGCCCCCGACCUGUGUGCCCCCUGCGGAGUCCACAGCCGAGUGACUCGAAGUUCAGGUGGAACCUGUUGGCCAACUGAUGCCCUCUGUGGCUUUAGUAGAGACUGGGGACAACCGUCAAUAAGGUCCAGGAACAUUUGGCCCAUGAGGAGGAUGGCUUUAUGGUCCCUUGCUGAUGCAGCCCUUGCACAGCAUUCCUGGGGGAGUCUCUGGGGCUCACUUCCUCAGCUCUGCCCCCAAGACCCUGCUGGUCCCCAGGUCUCUCACUUUUGGUAAAACUUCAGAGGUGCCCUGUAAGCUUGUUGCCCACUGGGCAAUUCAGAAAUACUUCAGUAUCCCCAAGAAAGAAGAGGCAGCAGCCAACAUGGCAUCUGUUUUACAGUUCUCUCUUAUAGGAGUAGACAGAAUCCUACUUUUCAGAAAAUAGGUGUCAAGUCCACUUUAUAAGAACCUUUUUUUCUAAAACAAGACAAAAGAAGGCUUUGCCUUUUCUGAUUCAACAACAGCUGUACUAGCCUUGUCUCCUCUGCUUAACUUUAGGAGUAUCUGUUCCUAUGAUAGUUUCUAGAUUUCUGUUGAUAUUUUCUUCCUGGAAGGAUGCGACUCUUGUCUUAAGUGGCUUACUGGACUCUUCAAAGUCAUUGACGAAGGCAGUUAUUCUUUCAAGUCUAUGUGUUUUUCUAAAAGUUCACUUCAUAUCCCUUGUAUUAGGGUCUUUCCGAAUAUGUUUUCUAGAAGGUCAGAAACAUUUGAAAUCAUUGCUUUUGCUACAUGAUUGUGUGUGUGUGUGAAGGAUAUGCCAUGUUGAAAUCAUUAAUUGUAAAACGUCAUAUAAGACCCCAAAUGUGUAUGGAGAAGGAAGAGGAAGAGAAGGAGGUUGAGGUUUUUCUUCUGUGUAAGCACCUACUGACAAAAUGUGCAGGCCAUUCAGCUGUCAAAUAACAUUUGGUUAUAUAGUGGGCGAGAUGGAUGUAUAAAUUACUGCAUUGCUUUCCUCAGUUCGUGUAACCUCUAAUCUUCGCUUGCAUGAUAUGCUUUGUUUAGAUACAUUAAUCGUAGUUUGGAAGCAAGUGUGUAUGAAUAAAGAUAAUGAUCAUUCCUUA